GAAGGAGAAUGUUCUACGAGGAGACUCGGAGAUAGUACAUCCGAUGAUUAUGAUAUCAAUUUAAGUGAAACUGACUUCUCUGACAUGAAUCAUGAAGAGAAAGAGGAAUCCAAUAAAAGAAAACAGAGUGAAUCCGAUUAUGAACUAAAUAGCAGUCCUACUUCCUCUGAUUCGGACAAUAAUCGAAAAAAAAAGACCAACAAGAAUGAAGAUAAUCCAGCACCUGCAAUAAAUCCUAUACCUAACAAUGUGAUAAUAUCACAAGAUUUACCAACGUUGGUAAAUCAAGAUCAAUUAUCAGUCACAAACCCUAUCAUCCAAACCCCGGGGACUCCACCGCCAAGGCCUAAUGUCAAUAAUAUACAGGUUACUCCUCAAAA